UUUGACUUAACCUCCAAACCAAUCUUCGCAUAACAACCCCAGCCAUCAAUGGCUAAUCAAAUCCUCAUUCAAUCCCUCCAUCACGAAGAUGGACGGCACCAACACCUCUGAUGGAUUGCUGAACACCGACACAAUGAGCAGGAGCAGGUUGAACUCGGGCAUCGGCCUCGCCAUCGGAAUUUUCCUCCUCAUCAUCACCACCCUCACCGUUGCUUACUACUUCUGCGCCAGGUCCUGCUCAUCCUCGCCUCGCCAGCCUGGAGAGCUCUAUGGUCCCGCUCAACAUCAGCCGUCCGUAGCUGACAAUGAAGUGGGCCUCGAUGAAGCUACCCUCUUGAGUUACCCCACGCUACUUUACUCGCACGCCAAGAUCCAGAACAAGGACAUCACCUCGUCUUGCUGCUCCAUCUGCCUAGCGGAUUACAAGGACACUGACAUGCUGCGGCUGCUGCCUGACUGCAGUCACAUCUUCCACGUUAAGUGCGUGGACAACUGGCUGCGGCUGCACCCAACAUGCCCUGUUUGCCGCACGUCGCCCCUACCGACCCCUCUUACAGAGGUUGUCCUGGUAUGAAGCAAGCAUUCGUAUUGGAUCAUCUGCUUCCUUUUAGUAGAGUGUAAAACGAAUAGUAUCACUAUCCAUUGGUAGAUACUCUUUAUAGUAAACAAUCGUUGUGUUUGCAUUAAGAAAAGUUGUGCAUCAAAAAUAGAAUCUGAUUGCCCCAGAGAUUAGUUGUGCAUGAUCUAAAAUAGAAUCUGAUUGCCCCAGA